AUCAAACGAGAUUGAAAAACACAUCUCUUUGUUUUUUUUUUGGAAAAAGUUUACAAACAGCUGAGAUUGACAGACAGAAUUCUUCAAAAAUUAUGAAUAAUUUCUAAUAUUAUAUCGCCGCAGUAACAAACCACUUAGUUAUAAAUUAAGAAAUGGGUUUCUUAACUAUAUUGAAAAAGCUGCGACAGAAGGAGAAGGAAAUGAGAAUACUUAUGCUUGGGCUUGACAAUGCGGGCAAGACGACAAUCUUGAAACGAUUUAACGGCGAGCCCAUCGACACCAUCUCGCCCACGCUGGGCUUUAACAUCAAGACACUGGAGCAUCGUGGGUUCAAGUUGAACAUCUGGGACGUUGGUGGCCAGAAAUCAUUGAGAUCAUACUGGAAGAACUACUUCGAGAGCACGGAUGGCGUGGCGUGGGUGGUGGACAGUGCGGACGCACGGCGCCUGGCGGACUGCGCGCGGGAGCUGCACGCGCUGCUGCGCGAGGAGCGGCUGGCCGGCGCCACGCUGCUUGUGCUAGCUAACAAGGCUGACCUGCCCGGGGCACUCACCAUGCACGAUAUUAAGGAGGCAUUGGACCUGGACAACAUCAAGACGCAUCACUGGCGCAUAGUGCGGUGCUCCGCAGUGACCGGCGAGAACCUUCUGGAAGGCAUGGACUGGAUGCUGGACGACAUCGCGUCCAGGAUAUUCACCCUCGACUGAAGACUAACAUCUCUACUAAAUAUGCCAGGAAUUCCACGCGCGUCGUACUGAGGUGCUAUUAUCAAGAUGGUAGAUGUAAAUUAUGCUUCUACUUUUUACUAAUUACUACAGCAAAUAGUGAUGUAGCUUUUGAUGGAUGGAUCUUAUCAUUUCCAGUUUAUAGAACAAGGUUUUAUUCUUCCAUUGAAAUGUUUAUUCCAUUCCAUGACAGUUUCUAAUGUAAAUUGUAAGCUGUGAUGUCAUGAUCUUAAUUUAUGAAUUAUAUAACUUUUUAAAA